UGCCGCCCACCACGUGCGUUUUGAAUUAUAUCUAUCAACGUAUUGCGGUAAUAUUUUGUUUUAUGUUCUGUUGUGUUCGCAAAAACGUUUUUUUCCGUUUGGUUGAACUUGAACUUGAAAGGGUUAAUCCCAACAUGUCAAAUUGCGCCCUCUGUCGUUUGAUUGAUUGUAGGUAAUCGUUAUCCAUGGAGGCAAAUUGAUAAAACUCCCUAUCAAGCAGCCACGUCUCGCAGUGAUCCCGCUCUUUAGCGCUUCAAAGCGCCCUCUCACCCAACCCAGGUUUAAGUCACACACUCCCGCUCCUUCCCCGAACACCAUUUUAUUCCUCUCUCGCCGCGGAAUUGUUUUUUUUUAACAAGAAGGUCCCACAGUUUAUUUUCCAAGGGACAACAUCCAGAUCAUCUCUUGCUGCAUCGCUCUCCAUCCACCCGCAAGAUGUCGACAGAAAAACAAGUCUUACAGGACGGAGGGCACCAAGCACCCAUGUCACCCCCGCCUUACCCAGUGCAAGAGGCUUCGGUGAAUGGCACGUCACAAGGCUACUCGAUGUCAAUGCACCCUGCUGCCAUGGCAGCUGGCACUGAGGGCUUCAUCCAGGAGACUCAGUUCAGCAGCAGUGUGCCCCAGGGAUACGCCGUGCCUGUAAACCAUCCCGCCGGGCCCAUGGGCUUGGCGGGCUAUGGGCCCCAAGGUUACGCUGUGCAGUACCAGCCCUGCGCGGGGGCCUAUGUGCCAGUCUACCCCAUGGCAAACAACGUGGGGCCGUAUCUCCCCGGAAACAACGGGCUGACAUCGGGCGCUCAGCAGGUGCCCCCUUCUGUCGGGAUGAUGAACAACCCACCACGGCCUCCUCAUGACUACCUUCCCAUUGCAGUGUUGACCACGGUCUGCUGUUUCUGGCCAACUGGGAUAUUUGCCAUAUUCAAGGCUGUACAGGUGCGGACCGCCAUCGCGCGGGGGGACAUGGUGUCGGCGGAGAUCGCUUCCCGCGAAGCCCGGAACUUCUCCUUCAUCAGCCUGGCGGUGGGCAUCGCCUCCAUGGUUCUGUGCGCCAUCCUGACCGUGGUGGUGGUCAUCGCAGCUCAGCACCACGACGAGGAGUGGGACCCUUAGCGCGGCUUCCCGCCGCCCGCCGACUUCUCCGCGCCCCCGCACCCGGGCGCCGCUGCGCAGGAAUUCCUUGACAAAACUUCACCGCACCACUCUCCCUCCCCACCCUCCCUCUCUCCCCCUCACUCCCUCCCACCGAUUCCAGAGCCCAUCCCACUCCUGGUCUGUAUGUAACCAACCAUCCGCGCGACAAACAGCUCAUCGGUCUUGCCAAAAAAAUAUCAGCCAUCUAUUUAACUCGGCUGGCUACAGCGACAGGAUGGAAAACUUCUUUCCCCUCUGUCCUCACGUGUUUAGUUUAAAUGCAGACAGAUACUAUAAACCCCAAAACU